AUGGACACGAAUGCACCACGAGAGGGAGCCUCAAACUCGAGGCCACCUUUUUUUGACGGUCAUGAUUAUCCGUACUGGAAAGCCCGUAUUACUACGCAUUUGAGUUCCCUAGGAGUUAGGGUUUGGAGAUCUGUUAGGUAUGGCUAUGAGGCUCCUACUAUAGAAGACACUACGACCAAACAAAUGAGGGCUAAGGAGGACACUGAGUGGAAUUCUGCUGACAAUGAUAGUUUUGAGGCAAACUCUAAAGCUUUAGGAGCCAUCUACGGAGCAUUGAGUAAAAUUGAAUUUAGUCUUAUUUCCACGUGCACUACUGCAAAAGAGGCUUGGGAUAUUCUCCUAGUCACCCACGAGGAUUUGAGAAUGCAGGAAGAUGAGACAUUUGAUAGUUUCAUCACUAAGUUGAGUAACAUCGCUAAUUCCUUCCACGCAUUAGGAGAACCAAUCCCUAAUCUUAAAGUUUGUCGAAAAGUGCUUAGGUCGCUGCAUGAGAGGUUUAGGGCUAAGGUAGUUGCGAUCGAAGAAAGUGAUAAAGUUGAUGACAUUCUUUUUGAGGAACUUGUAGGUAAACUUCAAACGUUUGAAUUGAAUCAUCUCUCAAAGAAACCUACAUUAAAGCCUAAUAAAAGCAUUGCUUUUAAAUCUUCUAAAGAAGAAUCCUUUGUGACACAAGAGAGUGAUGAUGACCUUGACGAAGAAGAACUUGCUUUCUUUGCUAAAAAAUUCAGAAAAUUUAAAUCUUCUAUUGAUAAAUCCAAGAAACCCCAAGGUAUACAAUGUCACGAGUGUCACAGUUUCGGGCAUGUUCAAGCAGAGUGUGCAAACACUCUUAAAAAGAAAGUGGCCAAGGGUUAUAAGGCUACGUGGGAUGACGAUAGUGAUGACAGUAGUGAUGGGGGUUCUGAAGCUCCUAGAUAUUCUAUGCUUGUUGUCAACAUUAAGUCCCCCACGUCCCCCAAAUCGGUUGAACUUUCUACAACUCUUAGCGAUGAUAGUAAGUAUGUCUCAACUGACGAAGACUAUGAGAAUAGUGAUGAUGAUAUAUAUUCUAUUCAUGAGGCCUAUAAUCAAUUGUUUAAAGAGGGUGUCAAACUGAAAAAGAAAAAGAAGGAACUCAUGAGUGUCAUCGAGAAAAUUAGUGGUGAGAGGAACAAACUUAGUGAUGACAUUGAAUCUAAGAACACCGAGCUUAAAGAAUUAAAAACCUAUACCACUAAUUUGAAAGACAAGUUUGCCAAAAUUGAGAGAGAGCAUGUGGAUGCCUUGAAGGCUCUUGAAGGGUCCAAGGAUAGGAUUUUUGAAUUGGAGCAUGACCUUAGGGAGGCCACUGAGGCCAUAACGCGUAAUGAGUGUGGCGCAACUCGUAUUGCUAAGAUGACACAUACGUUUAGAAAUAGAAGCGGCUUAGGGUUUGUUGAUCCACCUUCACUAAUACAUAAGGCUAACGAGUUCACAAAAAGGGAAAUCAAGGUUGUGAAAUCUGAAAUUGUAAAGAAUGAGGUAGUGAGCGAUAAACCUGAAUCUUCUAUUAAAUCUUCCACCAUCAUUAAAAAUGCUUGCAACAGUAAUCAUGCUCCUGAAAAGAAAAAUCUGUUUAUUUGUCACUACUGUGGUGGUCAAGGUCACAUUCGACCUUUUUGUUAUACAUUUAGAAGGGACAAUCAAAGAACAAAGGGGAAAUUGUUUGUAGCCCCAGUUAAUAAAAGUGUUCGGUAUGGUCAACCCAAUGUGGGAAGACCUCAAGUUGUGCGUCAGUCUCCCAUAAACAUUAAGAAUGAAAAUUUUAAAAAGAUAUUGAGUCAGUUGGCGAAUUAA